UUUCCAAGCAGAAGAUUGGCCAGUUAAUUUGUCCUGGUGAUGUUGGUUGAGGAAUAAAUGUUGACCACGGCAUCAGGAAACUCCUGUUUCAUCAAGAAAGUUUUACAGGAUCUAUUGAUUGGGGAAGUUAGGACAUGAGGACACAGUCUCAGAAUAAGGGAUCGAUCAUUUAGGACUGAAAUGAUAUGAUAUUCAGUUACUCAAAGGGUUAUACCUCUUCGAAUUCUUCACAAUUGAUGCACCAUAAUUGAAUAUACUUAAGGCUGUGACAGAACUCUGGUCUCUCCAUGACUCAAGGCAUUUAGAGAGCAGAUUUGGUCAUUUCACACUGAAGAAGAACAUUUCAAUCCUGAGGACUUGAUAAUGCGUACUGUUCCAGCAUUGGAGAGAAUAGAGGGAGACAGAAGCUCUUAUAAAACGGGAUUCUUUCUACUUGUGUUCGGAGUUUCCUUUCUAUCCGCUGGAGUUAUUAUUGCUACCUUUGGGUUCCAGUCAUGUGAUCGUAAUGGUGGCAGCUGCAAUGUUAUUCUAAAGGCAACCGGACCAAGUUUGUGUGGCAUUGCAUUGGUAUUCUUACUGCUAUCGAGAUCCAAGUCUCUGGUGAAUUUGAGGCAGCUGGCCCACUCAGCAGAUCAAAGGUGCUUUCUUUCAUGCAGUGAGCAGGACACUUUUGCCCGUUUCCUUAUCUUUGGCAUCCUGUUUUGUUUUAGUGGAGUGCUGUUAACUAUGAUUGGAGUUUGGGCAAUCACCUGCCCUGGCACCAAGGAAGGUGAAGGAUUCAAUUUAACGGGUAAAACUAAUGGAAAUGAGAAAUGUAAACUACUCUUCUUGCAAAUUAUGGGCCCAGUGGUAACAUUUAUUGGUAUUUGCUUCUUACUAAUUGCCCAUGUCAAAAAGAAGGUAACAUUAAAUCCAGAGGAGGAAUGCCCAUCCAGAAGUAAUCAACAACCGCAUAGGUCAGGACCAUGCCAAAUUGCAAUAGAUAAUUCUGUGUUGGUCCUUCCACCACCACCACCUUAUUUCCCUGAACCACCACCAAUUGUAAAUGAUUACAAUGGAAUCUGUCAGCCUGUUCCCAGUGACAGUCCUCCCUCUUAUUACAGUGUCAUCUACUGCAGGACCCAGGCAGAUGAGAGCUCUAAUUCCAACAUGAUGGAUGUUAGAUUGAUUCUUACGAGGUUUCCAGCACAUUGGCUGAUAUAUCUCAUAUCUGCUGCUUUCGAUCAGAGUUAUCAACAAUGGAUUAAGAAACCCAGACUUCAGAUGAACAACCAACUAUUUCACCCAACAGUCUUUUAGAUAAAUACAUUCCAUUUUUGUUUUCUUUUGUUUGGUACUUCUUGUAAAAUUAUAUGUGGCUGUUCUUAGAAUGUUAAUGACCAAAGAAAGGCUAUUUUACUCACCAAAGGGAUGCUUGGGAGUGAGGAGAGUUCUACAAAUAAGUCACCCACUCUGUUUCUACUCUCCUUAUUCUCUUUUAACGGUCUCUUUCUCAAGAAGAUGUGACUUUUCUUCUAUAAAAUUCAAAGCUAACUUAGCUUCAGUAAUUGUUUGUGAACAGUAUAAAGUCCACAUUUUAAUUACUCUGCCAUUAAGUUUCUUUAAUUAUCUUGCUAUUUGUCUUGUGUUUGCAUUACCAUCUCACAGACCAAUUGAAACAAUUGAUACUAUUUACCCUGCCAUAACUUACCAUAAUCGUGGAAGACAUCAAUCAAGUCAUUCCAUUAACUCCUCAAAACUCGUAAAAACCCUACACUGUCAAGACUCAUCUGCAUAUCUGGAAAAUUAAAGGAUAUGAGGAACAAGCAGUAAAGUGAGAUUGGACAAGGUGGAUGAUAAAGAGAAAUUUCUUGUGUUUUGUGGCUGAUAUAACUUUUUCAACAUUAUAAAUUUCUACACUCCUAAUCUCUGUGCUGCCCUUCACAACAUCAUCCAAAAGCACACUGUUAGUUUUCACAUGUAUGCUGAUGAUAUCCAGCUUUACCUCACUAGCAUCUCUCAGCUCCUCCACAGUGACUAAAUUUCUAGACUGCUUGCCUAAGACCUAUUACUGGAUUAGCAGAGAUUUCCUCCCAAAUAAAUAUUAGGAAGCCUGAAGCAGUUGUUUUUGGUUCCUGCUCCAAACUCCACUCACUAGUUACUGAUUUCAUUCCUGUCCAUGGCAACAAUCUGAGAACAAACCAGACUACCCACAAUUUUAGCUCACAUUUGACUUCAUAUUCACACCAUCAUUAAGAUGGUCUAUUUCCAUCUCUUAAUUUUACUUCAAUUUGCCCCUGCCUCAGCUCAUCUACUGAAAUCCUCAGUCAUGCCUUGGUUAUCUUUAGACUUGCUUAUUCAAUGUACUCCUAGUUGAUCUCCAAUAUUCUGCCCUCUGUAAACAUACAAAUGUUUGCUGCCUGUGUCUUAAUUUGUUUUAAAUCCCCUAACCCUAUCAUGUUCUCUGAAAAGGAUUAGUAACUGACAGGAAGCAAUGUUAACAAUGAGCCAUUUCUGACGUCAUAAUCAGAACUGUGCACCACUUCUUUCUAUCUAUUGUCUUUUUCCCACAUGAUUAUAAUUAAAUGUUUAAGUGUCAGUCACGUGCAUGCAGAACAUAUUCAACUUAGCAACUGGGGAAGGUUUUCAUUGGUGAACUGGCAACACUGUAACGAGAGGCAGCCUGUUGGAGGGACUCUGGUCAAACAAGGAAGCUGUGCAUCACAGCCACAACUUACCCAUGCAACUUAAUUGCGAUUAACUGAAGACUUCAGAAUACAAAGGUGGCAAGGGGACUUUUCAAUAUUAGAAUUCACUUAUAAAUAUUUCACUUUAGUUUCAUUUUCUUCAUGUGUGCAUCAUCAUUAUUUGUUUAGAUUAGCCUAGAGAGCUACGUGUCUCAUAGUUGGCAUGCAUUGAUGGUUACAGGGAGAUUAAGGAUAUUUCCUUUAUUGUGGAAUAAACAAUGAUGUGUUCUUAAGUUCACUCAUUAUUGAAUGUUCAUAUGAGUGUCCAGUAUGAUGCUUACUACACCACAGAACAGCUAACCUUGCAAUCUCAGCUGCCUUCCUCUGCAUUGAAAAGGACAAUCUCAGAGAAAGUGGGAGUGAUUGAAAUGCUCUUGGCGAACCUAAACCCCUGUGCCAGCUAACACCAGGAGAGUGGCACAGGUUUGGACAGUACUGAUACUGCCCUUUAGGUCCCAUGCUUUCUUGCAGAGAUUGACUGUCCACCACCCUUCCUCCGCACCACACCCAGGAUGUCAGGCCCUUCCCACUUCACUCUUCCAUGCUUCCCUCUGAACUCCCUUCUGUUCUCCCGUAGAUCUUUCCUCUAAUUUUCCAUGUCACUGACCCCACUCCAGUAUACACCUCAUCACUGACUCACCCUUGUUGCAGGCCUUAACAUAAGAGUCCAUUCUCCUGCUUCCCUCUCUUGAAGUGUAGAUUUAAACAAGGAAAAACAUUGAUCUUACACACACUGUAUAAAGCUGAUGGAUGCGUGCCACCUUUAAAUGAUUGUGAACUGGAUGCCACUGACUUUAUCUUGAUGACCAGAUCUUACUGAAAACUAUUUAAUGUUGCUAAGUAUUCACGGUAAAGUUGUCUUACAAGUAUGAACUUGCUCCUGGAUAUUGCUCGAUCUGCUGCUGAUUUUAUCACUGCUUCUCUACCAAUCAUGUGGGAAUCAACAUUUCUCAACCUUCAUGUUUCCUGCUCUUGACGGCUCCAUGAACACCCCCACUAGAAAGCUGGGAUAAAUAUGUCACUUUGAGGAUGGCAUAGUCUAAUUUGUGCAGUAUCAUGGGUCAACUAUGUACAAUUUAUUAUGACCUGGAGGAAGGGACUGACUGUAUUGUGAACAAUGCAAAGAAAAGUACAAAAAUAAGCUAUGAGGAGAACACAGAGAUAUUGGAAAGGAAUAUGGGAACGUUAAAUGUCUGGGCAACAGUUUGGCAUAUGGAAGUAUAGUGUGGAAGAACUGUGCAGUUGUCCACUUUGGUAGGAAGAAGAAAAAAGCAGAAUAUUUGAACAGAGAUAUUAUGGAAUGCUGCCAUACCAAGGGAUCUGGAUAUCCACAUGCAUGAAUCACAAAAAAGUUAGAUGCAAGUACAACAGGUUAUUAGGAAGACAUAAAGAAAGUAAGCCUUAAUUUCAAAGAGGGGUGAAAUAUAAAAAUAGAGAUAUCUUACUACAACUAUAUUAUUGCUGAGACCAGAUGUGGAGUAUGGUGCACAGUUUUGAUCACUUAACAAGAGACACGCUUGCACUGGAAGCAGUUUAAAGAAGGUUCUCUAGGCUGAUUCAAGGGAUGAGUCUUAUAGGAAAGGUUAAGGAGGCAUGACCAUUCUCAUUGGAGUUUAGGAGAAUGAGGUGUGAUCUUAUUGAAGUACAUAAGAAUCUGAGGGCACUAGACAGGGUAGAUGCCAAGAGAAUGCUUCAUCAUGUGUUAAUCUAGAAUGAGAGGACACAGUUUAAAAGGAAGGGGUCUCCCAUUUAAGGUCCUGGAAUUCUCUCCUUAAUGGUAUGGUGGGUGUACCGAAUGAACUGCAGCAGUUCAAGAAGGCAGUUCACCAUCACCCUCUUGAGGGUAACUAGGGCUGGGCAAUGAAUUCCGGCUCAGCCAGUGAAGACUACAUCCCAUGAGUGAAUUUAAAAAUAAAUGGAGUUGAGGAGAAUUUCUUCUCCCAGAGGGUUAUGUUUUAGAAUUCUCUUCCCCAAUGAGCAGUGGAAUCUGGGUCAUUGAAUAUAUUCAAGGCUGAGUUAGACAGAUUUUUAUUUGACAAGGUGGUCAAGGGUAAUCAGGGACUGACAGGAGAGUGGAUUUGAGCCCACAUUCAGAUUAACCAUGAGUUUAUUGAAUGGUUUAUUGCUGUUUCUAUGCUCUUAUGUUCUUUAUUCCUGUGCUCGUUGACCUACAUUGGAGCAUGGUCAAGCAGUGUUCAUUUUAAAAUUCUCUUCCUUGAUUUCAAAUCACUUCAUAGCCUCAGCUUUGCCUUAUUCCAUAAUCUUUCUCCAGUCCCAUAACCAUCCAAAAUAUCUGUGCUCAUCUAAUUCAGGACUCCUGUACAUCCUUAAUUUUAAUCACUCCUCCAUUAAUGGCUAUGCCUUUAGUGCCUAGACCCCAAACUCUGCAACACCCUCCUUACAUAUCUGCAUGGCUCUACCUUGCUUUCCUCUCUUAAAACACUCCUCAAAACCCUGUACUUUGGCUUUUGGUCAUGUAACAUACCAUCACCUUAUAUAUCGCGAUAUGAUGUUUACAUGAUGCUCCUGCGAAGUUUCUCGGGAUGUUUUAUUGCAUUAGGGGUGCUAUAUCAAUAAAAAUUGUUAUAACUAAAUUUCUUUCCUCCCUGAUAAUAUGUUAAGUUGCAUUAAACUUUAUUUCUUUUCUCA